AUGAUUUCUUCCACCGCCUUAACUCUGUCGAACCUCCGUCCAAUCCCUUCGCCGACCACUGCCUCCCUUCCCGAAUCCAAGUCCAAACCUUCAUCUCCAUCCACUUCCGAAUCUUCAUCUCCUCCCAAACCGCAGGCUCGAAGAUUCAAACCCAGUCCUCAGCUAAACCGCUGGUCCAGAGCUCGCACCAUAAGAUCCGGCCGCAAACUAGAUCGUCUAAUUCAGAAUCCCAGUGUGGAAAUGACUAGUUCUAAUAGCUCUCCGGUUGGUAAUAAUGAUGGAAGCGAAUUGCAUCUUCUAUCUCCUUCUAAAGGGUCCAGGAGUAAUGAAGAUGAUUUAAAGGACCUGACGGCGGGGAAGUCGAUAUAUAUGGUUUCUGAUGGGACAGGGUGGACGGCCGAGCACUCCGUUAAUGCGGCUCUAGGGCAGUUCGAUUAUUGUUUGGUCGAUCGGGUUUGCCCUGUUAAUACUCACCUGUUCUCCGGAAUCGAUGAUGUUGAGCGCUUGAUGGAGAUUAUCAAACAAGCAGCCAAGGAAGGAGCAUUGGUUGUGUAUACUUUAGCUGAUCCUUCAAUAGCUGAAACAGCUAGACAAGCAUGUGAGCUUUGGGGUGUAACAUCUACUGAUAUACUUGGCCCAAUAACAGAGGCAAUUGCUUCCCAUCUUGGUGUUUCGCCUUCUGGUCUUUCCCGUUGGGCUCCAGGCAGGAAGAACUCCCUUGAUGAGGAGUACUUCCGAAGGAUUGAAGCUAUUGAGUUUACAAUAAAGCAAGAUGAUGGGGCCUUGCCUGGAAACCUGCAUAAGGCCGAUGUUGUUCUUGCUGGCGUAUCUCGUACUGGGAAGACACCACUGUCUAUUUAUCUAUCACAGAAAGGAUACAAAGUGGCAAAUGUUCCAAUUGUAAAGAAUAUAGGGUUGCCAAGGAGUUUAUUUGAGGUUGACCCGGAGAAGGUCUUUGCUUUAACUAUUAACCCUGUUGUCCUGCAAACAAUCAGAAGGGCAAGAGCAAAGACCUUGGGCUUUGAUGACGAAAUGAGGAGCAACUAUUCUGAAAUGGACUAUGUGAAAGAAGAGCUGGAAUUUGCCAGUAAAAUUUUUCAACAAAAUCCCAUCUGGCCAGUGAUUGAAGUUACAGGGAAGGCAAUAGAAGAAACAGCAGCAGUUGUACUAAGGCUAUACCAUGACAGAAAGAACAGAUGCUCGAUGCCCAGAAUUUCCAAACGCUACUAG